ACACUCGCAGCCCGAUGCCGGCCGAGCUGCCGCUGAUGUAGGCGAUGCCGCCGCCGGACGUGCCGCGGAGGGAGGCGUCGCCGAUGCCGAGGAAGGCGUCGUUGACGAAGACGAGGUGGAGCGCCUGGCCAGCUGGCUAAGCUUGUUCCGCAUGCUCGUCAUCUUCCUGCCCCUGUUCGCGCUCUGCAUGCCGAGCCUGCUCGGCGACUGGGAGCGCGCGCGUCGCAACGAGACCUCCCUCGCUUCCCGGCGGUUCAUGGGCUUCAUCACGCCUCCCGGAGCGUCAUAUCGCCGACAGUCGGUCCGCACCACGUGCCGUAGCCGAGCAUGCAUCGUGGCCGCCUCGAGCAUCUCUCUCGACCCUACGGCCAACCCGUGCGACGACCUGUUCGGUCACGUCUGCAACAACUGGAUCAGGGACCAUCGCCUCAGCCGGAAUGCGGAAACUUGGGAGGUGAAUCGUGACCGGCGCACGGUAGACCACUUACACCAGGCAGCGCUGACUGAAGACCUGCACAAGAUUCUGGCGGCCAGGGCCGACGGGCGCUGGUUGCCCGUGGCGUUGCACCGUCUCUACAGCAAGUGCCUCAAGCCGGGACUCAAGGACGCUGCCGAGCUUCGUACUAAGCUGCUUGACAGUGCUAGUCUCUUGUCUUGGCCAUACAGCGCACGGGACAAGGCCCACGCCAAGGACAUCUCCAAGGCGGUGGGCAACGCCUACUACUUCACGAACGAGCCGGCACUUCUGCGCAUGGGUGUGGGCGCCGACGGUCGUGCUUUUCUGGCCGAGCCUCGGCUGCUGCUGGACGCUCUGACGGUGGGUCCCCGCGAGGUGGCGCAGGCUGCCGCUGCGGUCUUCUUGUCGGCCGGAGGGCAGCUGCCGGUGCCCGAAUACGUCAACAAGGUGGAGGAGCUCCUGGACAAGGCGCGAAGGGGCGACGACCCAGCACCGUGGAAUACCACGCUGCGCCUUCCAGCGAAAUACGAGCCGGAGUUGGCGCUUUACGCGCUCACGGCCUUGUCUCCGCUGGUGACCGGCGUGGACACUGAAUCCCUGUUGGGCUUCCUGCGGCGCCAGCUGUCCAGCGAGAUUCGUGCCGGUGCGCUAGACUUAGACGACCCGACGCUUGCGGAUCAUCUUGCCGACCGUAUCUACUCCAUGCCGUGGAUCGGACCUGCGCCGAGUUGGCUGCGGAACGUCACUUUACGCGAGGCAUACUUCAUGAGGUUCUACGAAGGCAAAGCGGCGCCCGUUGGGUCCGCGGAUACGUCGCAGGCCAUGUUCGCCUGGAUGCAAGAGAAGGCAGUCAGCGAGCACCUGGCGACGAACGGGCCGCACAGGACCACCGGCGACCAGCCUUGGCGUCCCGGCCUACUCUCAACGCGCUGCAUGCUCGCGCUGCGCGAAGGAGAGGCCGCCGACAGCGAUGGCGCGCCGCGGCCUGAAGCCACGCUACAGGUGCCACCGGCUGCAUUGGACUUACUCUGGGGCACACAUCCGUCGACAGCCAUGCUACAGGUGGCACGCAUCGGCGUGCGUGCGUUCAAGGCAGUGCUGGAGCAUCUGUUCCGCUGGCAGCAACGGCAGCACACCGACGCCACGGGACCGCACGUACUCGACAACUGCACCCCGUGGGACGCGGCCCCGCGCCAGCUGGACAUUGCUCUCGAGUCCAGGGCGCUGUCCCUGGCGUUACGUGCUUACCUGGCGUGGCCAGGAGCCCCGGAGCUCGUGCUGCCGACACUGCUGCAUCUGGAACCCGAACAGCUCUUCUACGUCUUCUACGCGCUCAACCAGUGCGAGGUCAAUGGGCCGGACGUGGAGCAGACUCUCGCUUCCAGGAGCAAGCCGCGCGACGACGGGGCCCGAGCCGGCCGUGCUUCCUGGGUCAACCGGGUGACGGCCAGGAACGAGGACUUCGCCAGGGCCUUCAGGUGUCCUACGCCGCUGAAGCCACCGAACCCGUUUCGCGACUGCGGCCUGGUUCCCCCUCGAGCUCCGGGGGCACGGACGGUCCGCACCUGAGCUUGCGGACUUCAACAGAAAACUUUCAGGCGCCCCCGUGGAAUCGGAGAAGCCUUCGCUUUUUACAUAAAUAUAUCACACGUUCAUUAAACUGCAAGUGCUCAGGGCUCAUUCU